UGCUGUUGAAAUCUGUCACCCAUUCACUGGCCGUGCCUACAGCCUCACCCCAAUUCACCGACCUAUAUCGCUGCAAUCGACCCUUAUUACAUCGACCCCACCCCUUUGCUGCUCCGGUCCUCCUUGCUUCAGCCAAUCUCAGCCAACUUGUCACGAGAGACAUUGCCGCACCGAGACGAAAUGGCCGAACAACAGAGUCUCAGACCUCAAUUCUUUGUCACCCGUCAGAAUGGCGCCAUGGUUCCGUUGAUUGCCAUGGAUGAGCUGCCCAUUCACGUCCAGAUCGAGGGGGUUUCUCGAAGCCUCAGUGCCUUUGACGUCGCUGGCAUGACGGGGGUUGGCGUCUACGAAGCGCGACACGAAUACCACGUCGUGCAAAGCAUGAACAACACCACCCCAAUCCCGUUCAACCCCAUCUGCGCUCCUCCAUCUCCGGCCUCGAACGCCUCAAAGCCAGAUUCCACUGUCACCGCUCCCGUGUUGCGCCCAACCACUCCAUCAACCCCGACCGUGUCCAAAGCGCCCGAUGCCGCUGGAGAUCAACCUAGUGAAACGGCCAGCAACGCCGUUCCAUCUUCCACGGGCUCGAAUGAGGAGGAAAGCAAGUCGUCUCGACCCACCACCCCACCGGCCAGUCCUUCUGCAACCAUUCAGCCUUGCACGACCACCGCAACCGCCACCGCAACGACUACCGCCACAGCCGCCACGACGACCACCUCCCCUCCUCUGGCAUGGCGAAUUAAGGCCACGGCCAUUCCUGCAGGCAACAGCCCUCCUGCUGACCUAGACCCAGACAUGCCACCAGUGGGCCAGAAAGUGUACUGCUCGUACUGGCUACGCACCGGCGAGUGCAACUUUGCGCAGCAGGGCUGCAUGUUCAAGCACGUGAUGCCGAUGAAGCUCGGUGUGCUGGAGGUGCUGGGCUUCCGCGACCUGCCGGACUGGUACCGCAAGGCGUACAAGGUGGGCAGCCUGCGCGUCAACGGCGGGCGAAACGGGCUCAGCUACGGCAUCUUCGACGGCAGCAAGGCCGCGCCGCCGCCGCCACCGCCGCCGCCACCGCAUUCGCAUCAUCAGCACAAGCGCGUCAGUCUGAAUGCGGAAGCCACCCGGCGCAUGAUCGCCACGCACAUCAACGCCCUGCCCGUUGGCAACGGCAGAGGCGGCCGAUAUUACCACGCCGACCGAGCCCCACGGGCCGGCGGCAACCACCGUGGCCCUGGCUUCGCCCACGCGCGACCCACGGCCUCCGAGGUCGACAGGGCCCGCGCCGCCGAGAGGGAGCGCCGCGACGAGCGCCUCGCCGCCGCCUUCGCCGCCGACAUGGACAGCGAGCUCGGCGACAUGAUGGAUGCCCAGAUGGAGAAGAUCCGCGAGCAGGAGCAGGCCGGGUGGGAGGAGGAGCAGAAUGCCGCGCGGGAGGCGGCCGCCAAGAAGGGCGAGAGCGGCGAGAGCGGCGAGAGCAGCGAGGAGGGCGAGAAGAAGACUGCUGCUGCUGAUGUUGCUGGUGAUGCUGGCGCUUCCGCCGUUGUUGGGAAUGCGAAGAAACAGGGCCGCGGCGGCAAAAAUCCCCGUCGGAAAAAGGCACAGGGCCAAACGCAGAAGAAAGCGUAGACCCAACCUCACGACCAAGCCAGAUCAAUGGCCGGCCGUCAACGACAACAACGAUGGAGGAUGGAUGAAGAAAUCAUGAGCAAUCAGAGCUGGUGUCCUUUCAGCAUAGCAUAGCUCGGGAGUUUUGGCGGCGGGCCGGUGACGGAGAGAGGAACGAUUCAAGCGAGCUUUGGGGGAUUUGCUGGUAUGAGAUUUCAACAUCAUGUCAAAUGCCGGGUCCGAAAUUUAUACCUAUGUCGUCUUUCU